AUGAUUUUCUCAACGUGGUCUCUUCUCUUUUCUCUCGGCUCGGCCUGGCUUCUCAACAUCCCGCGGAUCGACUUGAUAUGGCCACCAGUACAAGCGGAGCGAGAAAUUCCCAUCACGAACUCGAACGAAGCGGCAGACUCUACAUAUCCCUGUGCACAUGUGCCAAUCCCCGACAAUGUUGAGCGAAUCGAUUUCCCUAUUAUAGGUGGGCAACUUCAAUUCAACUUCUCAACACCCAGUCCAGGCCAACGCAAUGGGCGCGAGCUCGGCUGGGGCAUGUCCUACGCCCUCGGCCAGUUCAACGGCAACCAAACUGUUGGCCAGGAUAAUUGGUUCAUGAUUCGGUAUAAGUACUGGAACGCGACCAACUUUAACGCGAACAUUGGCAUUUACUGCACGCCUGAGUUUGACGACCUGGGAAACUACGCAAUAAACCUUACAAAGGAGGCGUAUGAGUCUCCGCUGGAACGAACCCUGCCCGAAGACGUCGACCUGGAAGGCAUGAAUGCUACCCUUGCUGUGGAGCUUUUCAGGUUGAACAAUGCGGACCUUGACGCCGGCAUGGACCAGGUAGACAGUGAAGACAAGGAUCUCAAGAAAAUGAAGAACGGCGGCAAAUGGAAAAGCAAGGAGGUUGAUGCUGGAAUGGAUGGGAAUGAGCAGAGAUUAGCAAAGGAGAGAGAGUCUGACAAGGGCAAAGAUGCUAAAGAUGCUAAAGAUGCUGAUUCUGUCAGCGGGGAAAGUAGCAGCGCAUCGGUUCACUCUGAGGUUCCGCCUAGCUAUGCCGAUGCCGUCAUGUCCGAGAUCAAACUUUAA